AGUCCACGUGCAGAGCAGAUGCGUAUUGUACAAUGCGGUCUAAUAUAUACAUCAAAAUGGCGGGUGAAACUGAUGGACAACGGAUCAUACUCACGGACAAAGCUUAUAUUCCUCUUUUUAUCACUGGUAUGUACUUCAAAUCUGUUAGAUACAUGGUUUGAAUUUGAAUUUGAAUACCAGAGCUUCUUUUUUCCUCUUUUAUCAAAAACAAUCCAAUUCAUCCACAACAAUUUGCUUUUCUUCUCGCGCUCUGCAUCUUCAUGGCUGAGGUUAGGUCCUUUAUGUUUAUCGUUUGCCAAGUUGUUUUUAUAUUUUUUGUUCGGGAUGAUGCUCCCCUCAAGUACUCUUUUCUUCAUCAUUUGCGUUUGUUUAAAUUAGAAUCUUCAAUUUGAGGAUGGAUGUGCUCUACCUUCUGUUGCGGUUUCCUCGAACCAACCUCGAAAGGGUAAAUCAGCAAGGAAAGCUUUGGGUGAUGUUACAAACUUGGGGGGGGGGGGGGGGUAACUUCUUAAGAUCUUUUGCAGCAAAUCAGAACCAGGUUUGAAGUAUAUGUGGGAUAUUGAGUACUUUUUUUCGUUUUUUUACAGUAACUUUGUUUUUCACAGAAAUUUUAAUUCAACCCGCAAGGGACUGUUCCGCAUAGUGUUCAUGGUAUAGUCAACAAACCUGUCUCUACUAAGAAAAAAUUAGCUGCUGCAUGCAGUCAUUGUGUAGCAGGAUCUCCUCUGUCUUUUAAUUUAAUUGACAAGGCAAACGUGCAUCGUCCAAGCCUUGGAAAGUUUUCAUCCGAAAACACCAAGUAUGUUAAUCAUGUUUCUGCCAACGUGCAUCGUCCAACCCAAGCACUCCUUUCAUCCGAAAACACAGAUCCACAUUCUCAUGUUUCUGCAUUGCAAACUCACUGUACAGUUGCUGAUUGUCUACCGCCUGGUAUUUUUUUUGUAUUACUGUGGUUGUUGUUAUCCUAAUUUCUCGGAAAGCUCUUCACUCCAGGAAAUAUUCCAAAUUAUUAAACAUGAUUUGAAUGGGAAAGGUAACAAAAGGAAGUCUUGGAACAAGGAUGGGACAUUGCAGCCAACCACCUCCACUCCAUUGCAGCCAUUGUUAGGGAGGGCCAAACCCCCCGUUUUUCGGAAAGUUAAGCCUAGACUCUCAACUAUGGAUACAACUGUCAAUCAAGCGUUGUUUGCUGUGGAAGAUCAUGAAGCUGAUACACAUGAUAAUAGCUUAUCUCAUCAAGUUGGCCAAAUCUUGGAAACCAAAGUUUGAGUCACUUGGUAACCUGAUCAAGGCAGUGCUUGAUCUAACAAAGUGCAUUGUGGAUAUUAAGAGCCUCCGAUCUCAGUACAUUAACCUGGACACUCCAGAGAUGGUCAUUUCCAGUGCUCAUAUCCCAAUAGCCGUGUACUGGACCAUCAUAAGCAUUGUGGCUUGUGCAUCUAUGGUUAUUGAUCUUCCUGGCAGUAGUCAUGAGUACAUGGCCUCGGCAACAGAGACCUGGGUCCGAAGGGGGGAAAUUAACGAAAAAAUAAAAUGCUUGCAAGACAUCGUGCCAAAGUUAUGUCAAUUGUCAGGAGAAAAACUCCUGAUUCCAGGAUGAAAACGAGCGUCCCAGAGGGGGCUACAAAUUCCAGUUAUUUCUUUAACUGUAUCUGUGAUGAUUACGUUCACAGGGCUACAUUUAUGAUUUACUAUACAAUUAAUGUAAUGUAUCAUAGACUUUGAUUUGUACAUGUGAUAUAGGUAAUAGCUAAUUGUUAGAACCAUUGAGAUAUUACACGUUAAGGUUCCUAAUUUAAAUCAAGUUCUUAGGUUCGCAAA